CUGCAGUCUCUCUGCUGUCAGAGCCCUGUGUAGAGAGAGAGCAGCUGAGCAGCUCUGUAACCAUAAGAAGAAGAAGAGAGCUCCGGUGGGACUAGUCCUGAUAACAAGAACGAGACGUAGAGAGGCCCAGGAGCAUGAGCCAGGGUCUGCACAUGAAAAGCCAGCAGCAGCAACAACAACAAGAUGAGGAUGAUGAAGAGGAAGAUGGCAUGACGGGAGACUCAGAUUAUGGGGAUGGAAAUUCCUUCAUGGCAGAGGACUUUGGCAGUGAAGAAGAAGAGGUUUUAGAUUUCACUGAUCCCUUCAGCUCAGAGGUGAAGCCAAGAAUCCUGUUAAUGGGAUUACGAAGGAGUGGGAAAUCUUCAAUCCAGAAAGUAGUGUUUCAUAAAAUGUCCCCCAAUGAGACGCUUUUUCUAGAGAGUACAAACAAGAUAUGCCGGGAAGAUGUCUCAAAUAGCUCUUUUGUAAACUUCCAGAUUUGGGAUUUCCCAGGUCAGAUUGAUUUCUUUGAUCCCACUUUUGACUACGAAAUGAUAUUUAGAGGAACAGGAGCUCUAAUAUUUGUCAUUGAUUCACAGGAUGAUUAUAUGGAAGCUCUCACUAGAUUGCAUCUUACUGUGACCAGUGCAUACAAAGUGAACCCUGACAUUAACUUUGAAGUUUUUAUCCAUAAAGUUGAUGGUCUGUCAGAUGAUCACAAGAUAGAAACUCAAAGAGAUAUACAUCAGAGGGCAAAUGAUGACCUUGGUGAUACUGGACUGGAGAAAAUCCAUCUCAGUUUUUAUCUUACCAGUAUAUAUGAUCAUUCGAUCUUCGAAGCUUUCAGCAAAGUUGUGCAAAAAUUGAUUCCACAACUUCCAACAUUAGAGAAUUUGCUGAACAUCUUUAUAUCUAACUCUGGGAUAGAGAAAGCAUUCCUGUUUGAUGUAGUCAGUAAAAUCUACAUAGCAACAGAUAGUACUCCAGUGGACAUGCAGACCUAUGAGCUGUGCUGUGACAUGAUCGAUGUGGUUAUUGACAUCUCUAGCAUCUAUGGGUUGAAAGGAGCAGGAACACCUUAUGACAGAGAGUCACUGGCAAUCAUAAAACUAAACAAUACAACUGUUUUGUACCUAAAGGAAGUGACAAAAUUCUUAGCUCUUGUUUGUUUUGUCAGAGAAGAGAGUUUUGAAAGAAAAGGCUUGAUAGAUUACAAUUUCCAUUGCUUUCGUAAGGCCAUUCAGGAAGUGUUUGAGGUGAGAGUGAAAGUUCUGAAAUCUCGCAAACACCUAAGUCAAAUACGAAACCGUAGAAGAUCCACCCCCAAUGGUGCCCCAAGACUUCCACUCUAGGGAUAAAGACUUUGCUGCCACUAUGUCCAGAGACUGCCUGCAGAACAUACCUCUGUACCAUCAUGUGCAGACAAUGAACAAUGGAUACGUUACCUGUUUCCUUUAUUUCUAGGUAUGGAAUGUUAUUCUGGAAGAUCAAAACCUUUGCAACAUAAGACUUCUCCAUAAAACCAAACAUGGUUGUCUGCCUAGUGAUGACUUCUGUGUGUAACUAGUGUAUUACUGAAAUAUUAUUUCAGUCAUUAUUUUAUGUAACACGUCAUGGGAAGCUGCACACCAGUAUUAUUAAGAAUAAGGGAAAACAAAAGUAAAAAAAGUAACACAUCAAGCUAUCGACUACUAAUUAGAAAUGGUAAUUAUUUAAACAUAGGGCACACACUAACUAGUGAUUAUUGUAUAGAAAUCUACUGCUAUAAACAUGCAGUUUUACACAGUGAGUCUUCACUGUAUUACCAGCGGGAUAGUAAUAGAAAUCAUUUUGUAAGUUUUCUGAUUUUUAUACUAGAAAUGUACAAGGUAUUUUUGCACAGUAUUGGUACACUUUUGAUACUACUGUAAUUGACAGGUUGUGUGUUACUUCUUCCACGUGUUCUGCAUACAGACAACAAUGUCAGGUAAUUGUGAAACUCUUUUUUUUUUUUUUUACAAUUGUUUAUCACAUCAGGGCCGGUCCCAGGCCUGCUAGCACCCUAUGUGAAAAUCCCCCCCAUUAUGUGUCUGUGGAUACAAGGGCAGAUCCGGUAUAUGAUGGGGGGCGCACCAUGACAGUGGAAGAGGGAUGGAGCCUUAUUUGCACGCACCUUGCAACAAGGAGUGUGGCCUCAAAGGGAAUGCCAUAUCCGUAUGUGGGGGGAGAGGGUGAUGCCUUGGAGAGGCAGAGGGUGACAUAGAGAGAGGGUGUUGGGGAGAUAAGGAUGCAGGGGAGGAGCAGAGGGUGAGGCAGUGGGUUGCUGCCAUCAUGACUGCAUGGGGUUUCUUUUAUUGUCGGGGAGGAGAAGGUAUUGACUUAGUAUUGUAUGUCCCAUAGUACUAGACAGCUGCUGUUUGCAAAAAUGUAUUUAAAUAUCCAUUUAGAAAAAAAAUAAUAAAACAACAGGUGAGUAAGGAAAGAUUUAUGUAAAAGAGAAGGAACACUGCAUCCUCAAAGCUACGUGGGUUACUCUAGAGCAGGGGUGGGGAACCUUUUUUCUACCAAGGGCCAUUUGGAUAUUUAUAAAAUCCUUCGGGGCCAUACAAAAAUUAUCACCUUAAAAAUUAGCCUGCCCCCAGUCACUUGUUAUGCCCCCAGUCACUUGUUAUGCCCCCAGUCACUUGUUAUGCCCGAUUAGAUUUGCCCUCUGUCAGUUGUUUUGGUCCAUUACAUAUGCCCUGUCAGUUGUUAUGCCCCAUUAAACAUGCCCCAUUAGAUAUGCCCCCUGUAGUUAUGCCCCAUUAAAUAUGCCCCCUAGUAGUGCCGCUUACACACACACACACACACACACACACACACACACACACACACACACACACACACACACACACACACACA